GUAACCCGUUAGGCUCGGGUUCAUGGGGGCGCGGGGUCAAAGGUCAGCGGGGGGCGCGCGGGGGCACCGCCCGAAGGCCGUCGGACCGACGGCGCUCCCGGAACCCCCGCUCGGGGCCGCGUUCCCCGCCGAGCCCCUUCGGCCGCCGUCCCGCGGCACGCGGCCCGUUGUUAUGACGACACGGCCGUAAAGCCGCCAUCUUGGCGGUGCGGCGCGUUGCGACAUGGAGGCCGCGGUGGCAACGAGCGCGGGGCCGGCGGCGCUUACGGCAGCCGCGGCCGAGGAGCGGGAGGGGGAGGCGGCCGCGGGCUCCGGGCCCGGCGGCGGGUCCGGCGCCUUCCUCGGCCUCCCGGCGCCUUUCGGCGAGGAAGACGAGGAUGACGUGCACAAGUGCGGGCGCUGCCAGGCGGAGUUCACCUCCCUGGAGGAGUUCGUGCAGCACAAGAUCCAGAAGCGCUGCCAGCGCGGCCCGGAGCCGCCCCUGGGCCCCGAGGGACCGAAGGUCGUUCCCGCGGUCGAGGAGUCCAUAACCGUUGCUCAUAUCGUUGUUGAAGCAUCCUCGAUAGCAGAGGAGAUCGGCAACGCGUCGGCUAUCGUAGGUAGCGGGCACAUAAAAGAAGUCAUUGUGGCAGGAGACCACGUUUUUGAAAACCCAAAUGGUCACGUUGAUGGCGAUGUCACUGAAGAGCAAGGCAACCCCGAUGAUCAGGAGCAGGAUAUUGCCACAGAGCUGAUAAAGGUUAAGCUUCUGGUCAACAAAGAAGGGCGGUAUGUGUGUGAGUUGUGCCAGAAGACAUUUAAAACAGCAAGCAUCCUCAAAGCUCACAUGAUCACUCACAGCAGCAGAAAGGACUAUGAAUGUAAACUCUGUGGAACUUCCUUUCGGACAAAGGGGUCUCUGAUUCGACACCAUCGGCGUCAUACUGAUGAAAGACCUUACAAAUGUAAGAAAUGUGGGAAAAGCUUCCGGGAAUCAGGAGCGUUGACUCGGCAUCUGAAAUCUCUGACGCCUUGCACUGAAAAAAUUCGCUUCAACAUGAACAAGGAAAUAGUAGUCAAUAAAGAUGAUUUGCCCACAGGAUCCUGUAGUUCAAACUCAGAAGCUGUUCCAUCAGUAGCGAGUGAAUCCAUUGAGACCUCACCUGUGAUUCAUCUAGUGACAGAUGCAAAAGGCAAUGUUCUUCAUGAAGUCCAUGUCCAAAUGCAGGAGCUUCCUGUUGUAGAUGCAAAAUCUCUGGAUGAAGAUCAAUCGCAUCCUAAGGAGCUGCCAUGUGAGGGGGAAGCAAACAGUGAGAAUCUGCUGAGGCAGGCCAUGAGGAAUUCUGGCAUUGUGAUAGAGAGAGUUGCUGUGGAAGAAAUGCAGAAGGCAGAUGAGCCUGCUGUAGCUGCUACAGAAGAAAUAAAAAAUGAAGUGGUGGAAGCAGGAGAAGAGGAGCCAUGUGGGGAACAGCAUGCCGAAGUAGAACCAUCAGAGCCUACAGAUGCAGAAAGAACAAACGGCUACAAAAGUUACAUUUGCCCUCACUGUAAUGAAGCUUUUAGUGAAGCUGCUUCCCUUGAAACACAUAUCAAAGGACAUUUAGAUUACAAGCCUUUUAAGUGUGAGGAAUGUGGCAAAGAGUUCACGAAGGGCUACCUGUUAAAAAAGCAUCAGGAGGUGCACGUCAAUGAACGGCGUUUCCGCUGUGGAGAGUGUGGCAAGCUCUACAAGACUAUUGCACAUGUCAAGGGGCAUCGAAGGGUGCAUUCUGAUGAACGACCAUAUUCCUGUCCAAAGUGUGGCAAGCGGUACAAAACCAAGAAUGCUCAGCAAGUUCAUUUCCGUACGCAUUUGGAGGACAAGCCUUACGUGUGCCAGUACUGCAGCCGGGGUUUUCGGGAAAAGGGCUCUCUGGUCCGCCACAUCCGCCAUCACACGGGGGAAAAGCCUUUCAAGUGUUACAAGUGUGGGCGAGGCUUCGCAGAGCACGGCACUCUAAACAGGCACUUAAAGACCAAAGGUGGCUGCCUUCUGGCUUUGAAAGAGGUGGAGGAAGUGAUGGUGUCUGAGGAAAGCCAGUCAGCUGACAAUUUAGCCGCAACAGUCAUCUCUGAAGAUCCUCAUACUGUUUUGGUAGAGUUUUCUUCAGUGGUGGCAGACACUCAGGAAUACAUCAUUGAGACUGCUACUGAAGAUAUGGAGACCAGUGAAGCUACUGAAAUAAUGGAGGGAACAAGACAUGAGGUUGACAGUCACAUUAUGAAGGUUGUGCAACAAAUAGUAAAUCAAGCAAACUCUGGUCACCAGAUCAUCGUACAGAACGUCACCGUAGCAGAAAACUCUGAAGUAACCACAGAUGCUGCAGACACUAUCACCAUUGCAACCCCUGAAAGCCUCACAGAGCAGGUCGCUAUGACACUGGCUUCUGCCAUUGGAGAAGGAGCAGUGCUGACAACAGAAGGUAGCAUUGAGACAGAAGAAGCAACAGUGACAAUGGUGGCAUCAGAAGACAUUGAAAUAAUGGAACAUACAGGAGAGUUUGUUAUUGCCUCCCAGGAAGGGGAGGUGGAAGUCCAGACUGUGAUUGUGUAAUGAACAGCAUGCAGCUACUGUAAGUUAAACUUACUGUUUUUCUCCAGGUUGGGGAGAUUGAUCAGUCUUAAGUUUGCCAUUACAGUUGUUCAGAGAGGAAGAGAGUGCUUCCAUAGGUAAAUGGCUUAACAGGAUGGUACAGCCCUGAGAUGUUUUCUGUUUAAAAUGGAAAUGACAGUAGUUAAAGCCCUCUGCAUGGAUUUACUCUGAAAGUGACCACUAUGCCACAUUUGACAGUUUUUUAUGCAGCUCCUUCAAAUAAAGGAAAUUCCUUUGUAAAGCAUUUACCUCUGACCACAGGACAGUAGCAUCUUAGUGUUUAAGAGGAUUCAGAAAGUGAAGCAUUUGGUGGGUCUCAUAAGAGAUGACUAAAAUUAAUCAUAUGCAUUUAAAACAAACCAAGAAAACCAAACCUAAGGAGUUCUGGUGUGCAUUUACCACCAGUCAAACGCUUUCAUGCCUUUAACCUCACUACUUUACUCCUCCUAAGGCAUGGUACUGCAGUAUUUUUAUUUUUAAAGUAUUUUAUAUCCUGGACAAGUAGCCUUAUGUACUGGUCUAUAAAGAACGCAUCAUUGUACCCUUGCAAAGCCAGACAGGCUACUCUGAGAGCUAGUCUGUUGGUGUGUAAAGCCAUAUUGUACAUUAAUUUUUUAGAACCAUAUAUGGAUUUGUAAUUGCAUAUUGUACAGAUUAGGCAUGUAAAUACAUUUUUAAAAAUAAAGUUAUUUAAAGUUCUUACUACACUUUUCCUAUUAUUUCUGCUAUAUUAUCACUCAGAACAAUUUCUGGAAGGAGAAAAGAACAGGAUACAUAACAUGCUUAAGAAACCCUCAUCCUUUGGUGAGUCAAAAACAAGUUUUCAUCCCAAGCAAAUCUCUGCAAGUUCAGAUUUGUGCAUCUAUGCUUUUGGAGAUCUUUCAAGUGAUCUACAGCUAAAUUCCAGUCAGAGGAAUUAUAGAAAGUUACUUUCAUAGCCAUAAAUUUACCUCUCUCUUUGAUGGUUAAGUCAGAGAGUGGUUUUUUUUUUUUUGUUUUUUUUUUGGAAGUCCACUGAUAAGAUCACCUAGAGAAUUCCCAGUACAGAAGUGGAAACUCAUAUUACUGCUGUACUUCUAAUGGGAUCCAUUUUGUGAAUGCAGGAGGGCAGCCCAAGAAACAGCUUGAGCUGCUGUUGACUUCCACUGCAGAAAAAUGCCAGAAAUGCAAAGAAAUACCUACAGCAGGGUCACAAUUUCAAGCAGCAAAAUGAAAAUGAAAAAUACCAGAAGGAUUAAGUUUGUAAUCUGCCAGAACCUGCAUCUCCAGAGCUCAAUCACUGUUUUUAAUACUCUUUCAGGAUGCUGAAAUUUGAUCAGAAGCCCACCAUUUUAGUAAUGCUAAAGCAGCAUCUUGUAAAAUUGCUAAGAAUGGGCAUCAAAAGAGAUUCAGCAGCUAAGGAGCAGCACUUGUAGCUUCCUUUCUGAAAGUAAGGCGUUCCAUACUCAUUCAAAUUUGCAGUGUAACAUUAACUGCUGAAUCUGAGCAUUCCUGUUUUUUUAGCUGAAUAUAUGCAACUCCUUCUACAUAAUGGUAACAAGUUAAACAUUGGCCAAACAAAGGUACUCACAAAAAGAUGAAGCUUCGUCAGAGCUCACAACAGCUCUUUGUUAGCUCUUGCUACUGCACAGAGAGAUUCACUGCAGUCUGUUGGUCCAGGCUUGCACCUCCAUGCCAGCAAGUUCAUUACCAGGACUUCUAACAGCAUCUCACCGAGUAACUUAAAGAGAGUUCUGCUAAGGGACUGUUAAUUAUAAUAUUGCUGUCAGCUGUGAUCUUUCUGCAGAGCAAACACAGUGUAAGUAACAGACAAAUCAGUGCAUUUAGACAUUUAC